AGCUGUCAGCACGAUUUGUUUACAAAAUAACACGCGCGCGUGCAACAGAGCAAGCGGCCGCAGAAAAUGUCGCGAUUGUGUGAAAUUUGUGCAGUGAGCGAGCAUAAAUACCGUUGUAAGACCUGUCGUUUGCUCUACUGCUCGGUAGUCUGUUACAAAAAGCACCAAGAACAACCAUGCGAACCACCGCCACCACCACCGGAAGAUGCCAGCAAACCGGGUGGUGUUGCGGAAGGACAGCAGCAAAAGAAAAUCAUUUUAUUCAGCACAGUUGACACCGUUCCAGCGGAAAAGCUAGAGCUGCUCGGCCAAAGUGAGCAUCUGAAGAACCUGCUGUACAAUCCUCACCUAAGACGGCUACUGACGGAAGUGGACAACGCUCGGGAUGGCAUGAAUGCGGUCAAGGUCGCCAUGAUGGAGCCACUGUUUGUAGAGUUUGCCGACGAGUGCCUUCGAUUGGUUGAGCCGGCGGAAGACGAGCCGGAAAGGCUGGACGAUCUGGUGUUUACCAACCUUCAGCAUCGGCGGUAGCAUAUCGAGAACAAGUGUAUGUGAUAUUUUAAUAAAACCCAUUCAGUUGAAUAAAUUCCACAAUA